GGAGUGAUAGGAUGGUUAUCAAAUUUUUGUCGGUCGCACUGAGUCAAUUUUAUUUUUCGCUUCACGCGUAUCCAUUUGCGUCCUUUUUUUUUUAUUUCAUGUACAGCUUACCACCAUCGAUCGCUUGUCCCCAUUCACCAUUGAUUCGUUGACUGCCUUGAAAACAAAUAAAGAUGGCGGAUCCUUUACAAAACUGCAUUGAUAAACUCAAUUUGGAAGAUCCCGAUCGUGUCAAGAGAAAGGCGGAAGAGUUUUUAACAAAAGUGUCGAAAUUGCCAAACAAACUUUUCAAAGGGCCCCAUGGCACCUAUGUCUGCAGUUUACAAUUAGCACAUGAAAGGUUUUAGCAGGCUGCACAGUGGCAGCUUAUGAAAAUACAAUGAGUGCGGUUCGUAAGCAUUUGAAUAUGCUGCCGGAUGUUACCUUUGAUAAUCUCAUGGUGGCAUUGGGAUCUUCUACCAUGAAGGUGCCAGUCGACGAAUUAUGGAAAGACUUUCAACAUUUUUAUUUGGAACAGUUCAAGGGUGUCCAGCAAAAGAAUAUCAUGCGAGUAGAAAUCAAUAGAACGCCAUGUUGGAAAGGAGCCACUGUUUACUGUUGUGCACAAGCACUCAAGCAUAACUUGAAUAAAACAAAAUUAAAGGAAUUAUGCGCUUGUUCAAUGACAGAACUGAACAAAAGCAUUAAAGAGAUUCAAACAAAGAGUAAAAAGAAGCUUGAGGAGUUAAAAGAACGGAUGACACGUGAUAGCAGCAGUAACAAAAGAAAAAGAGGAAUAAAGAGAACCUUCGAAGACAAAGAUAGCGGUGAUAGUAGCGAGGAGGAAGACGACAUGGCAGAUCAAUCGAAAACCAGGAAUACGAAAAAACGUCAGAAAUUAGACCCUAAUACGGCAGUCACAGGCAACGGCACCCCAAAAAAGAAACUGAAAACGAUUUCAGGCAUUGUGUCUAUGGUGGACUAUACUGAUUAUACAACAACAAAGCAAUUCCGAGAUUAUCAAACGUGGAAAACAGAAAUACUCGAACGAUUAAGAGACAUCGUGUCUGCAUGAAAAAUACGAGCGGAUAGUCGGUAAACAUACCCCCCCGCCACCCCUUCAAAUUGUAUAGCCUAUUUUUCCGGAAGUGUCAUGUGCUUUCCAUUUUCACUUGACACGUUUUUCUUUUUUUUUCUUCUUUUUUAAAUAAAGCGCACUCGCUCGAUGGCGAGGCGACGCGGCAACACAAACUAUACCCUCUUCAACAAUGACGCGUAUAUAAGCGUUUCAAAGGAUUAAUAAAUUCAAGUGAUAGAAAAGGCACAGGAGGGCUGUUUCGCAUAUAAUGAUUAAAAAGUUAUUGUGGGUUAUAAAGAUCACGUUCAAUUAGGUUAUCUUGAAACAAGAAAUGGACUUGAAUACAGUAGAAAAUGGCGCAAGUUGAUACAGAAAUGAUUUGCUUUCCGAUAGACACAUGUUAGGUUCAGAUGAGCCAUUGUUGUCAAGAGAUAAGAAAUGUUAUAGCUUGCAAGGCAAAUUGCUUCUCAGCAGUUGGAUAAUAUUUACCAUUUG